UUAUAGAGCAAGUGGAGAAAAAGAAGUUUCCUCCUGCCUCGUGAAUUUUGUUUAAAGCUUUAAAAAAAUUAAAGUGGUACAUUGAGUGUGCUUUGGUGGAUUUGCUGCUAACCUCUGUGUGAGUGGAGGAAUGUUGCAGUUCAUCCAUAAGGAGGUUCAUGAUCAUGUAGCGGAACACAGGAUUCCACAGACACGGCUCGUGACCAAGGAUGGUCACUGUAACAUUGAAUUCAGCAAUGUCGCUUAUCACAGCCAUUUUGCUUACCUAAUGGACUUCUGGACCACCUUUGUUGAGAUCCGAUGGCGUUUUGUUAUACUUUCUUUUGUCGCUGCUUUCACGGGGAGCUGGUUUGUCUUCGGCCUGCUGUGGUAUUUCAUUGCAAAAAGCAACGGGGACCUGGAGGGAGAGAAUGUUCCUGAUGGUCAUUUAAAGUGUAUCGAAAAUAUAAACGGUCUCACAAGUGCCUUUCUUUAUUCAUUAGAGACACAGACGACCAUUGGAUAUGGUGGACGAGCUUUGACAGGUCACUGUGCCCAGACAGUAGCCCUUCUCGUUGUCCAAUCUCUAAUGGGUGCCAUUAUAAAUUGCUUUAUGUGCGGCUUGAUCCUGGCCAAAAUCUCCCUCCCAAAAAAUCGAGCAAAGACUGUUACUUUUAGUGACACUGCUGUGAUCUGUUUGAAAAACCAAACUCUGUGCUUGCAGAUCAGAGUCGCCAACCUCCGGAAGACGCUGCUCAUUGGCAGCCAUAUUUACGGCAAGCUCUUGAAAACCAGUGUCACUCUGGAUGGAGAGCCCAUCAUCCUAGACCAGGUCAAUGUUGACUUCCUGGUGGACGCUGGCAAAGAUAACCUCUUCUUUAUUUGUCCGCUGACGCUGUACCAUGUAAUUGACACCUCUAGUCCUUUUUUGGAGAUGACUGCUGAUACACUUCAGCAGCACAACAUUGAGCUGGUGGUCUUCUUGGAGGGCAUGGCCGAAUCCACGAGUUCCUCAUGCCAAGUUCGCACGUCCUACAUUCCAAGUGAGAUCCAGUGGGGUUACUGCUUCCUGCCCAUCAUCUCCCGAAACAAAGGGGGAAAAUACCAUGUUGACUUUUCAAAUUUCUCCCAAACUGUUCCCGUAGCCACGCCUCACUGCCACAGCUGUUAUCUAAAUCAACUAAACAAAGAUCUUGCACUUCAUCAGCAUGCACAGCAAGGCAUCGACAAUCCUGGGUUUGAGGUAGUUACUACCGAGGAUUUAGUGAACAAUGUGCAAAAGUGACUUUUGGCUGUAGAAACCAAUGACAUUUUAGUGCUGUCAAUGCUCUUACAAGGAAAAAACAUACACUAAACAGGGGUUUCUCCAAGACCUUUAGCCUAGAACAAAAUGCUGCUUUAAAACAAAACCCGACUGAAAAUUGAUUAAGCAUGACUGUUUAGGAUCAACCUAAACCAAUCGUUAUUAGUAUGUCAGUAUGGAAUAUUUGUUUUGAAUAAAAAAAGGACAAAUUAGGUGUUCCUCAGGGUUCUACAAGACGGCCUUUCCUAUGUUCACUCUGCAUGUUAUCUUUGGAUGGUAACCACUGUGUGGUUAGUUGUCCUUUACUCAUAUGUAAUCAACUGACUUUCAGUUAUAACUUUUUGUUUGGAAACUGUCUGGAGCCAAAAUCCCACUUUGUUUGCAGGUUGUGUAUUUUCCUAAUUAAACAUUUUAGUUUUUUUUUUUUAAAGUGGAAUAUUUGCUAUCUUUAAUUUGUUCUAAUAACUACAUAUGGCUCAUAUUAACUUCAGGCUGCUAAUCAACAUGACUGUCUCGUCACUCUGAGAACAACUGUAAAAGAUUUCUCCUGCC